CUAACUCGACAUUAACGUUCUUAAUGAGCUCUCCAAGGAGCACACAGGAUUUCACGUGGUCGUACUUCACUUUCAGAUGAAACGUCACUAGGGAUCGAGUUGGAAUGACCUCUGCUCGCAAGUGAUGGAACUGGAAUGGAUUUAUCGGAGAAGAUAAGGUCAGCUGUCUACCUGCGACAUAUCGACUGAAUACACCACUCCACCCCAGGCUGCCAUGGAUGGAAUAUGAUUGCGGGAGCAUUGUUUACUGCAUAAACGUUCAACGUGUUUGUGACAUUUGAUACCAGGCUGGAAUUUGGGAUUAUAUGUGAACCCGGGACCGUUUAUUUUCCAAUUUACUCGACAAAGUCAACAGGAAUGCCCUGGGAUUGGAUUAACAACGGUCGUUAAAUCACGCAAAGCCUGCAGGUUAGUUUUCAUAGCAAAUGUUCUAUAGGGAGACUAGGACGAUUCUCUGGCGGGAGCUUAAGCUUAUUAGUAAUUAGACGAUGGACUUAAGCAUCGGUGUAUAUUCGGCCAAUGAGAUGCUAGUGGUCAGAUAACACACAUACCGUGGGCACCAAGAGGUCAACGCUUCUGAUAAAGACGACAGGAUGUGUGUAUGUCUUCGUCGACGUUGCUGCUUGAUGGCGUCAACACAGACGACAGAGAACUGGAUUAACCACAACACGUCUGCAUCAGGAAGCAGUGUUGAUGAAACAAGCUAGCGAGGGUCGUCACGAAUAGGCCGGAGUGAGAGUGUUUCGUGCCAAGAAAAGUAUAUUCUCACAGUGACGUCUUUGACGUGUGUAUUUAGAACAACGUUAUGUACGCAACAUCAUCGUUAGCUCCAAACGUGGAAACAGAAAAUAACGGCAAGUAUUUUAGGAUGACAUAUGAUGAGGUCCGGGGUUGAAGUCCGAUCUGAAAAUUCGGUCAAGGUCGUGAACCAGGAAAUGAUACCUGUUUCAUAGGUAUCUGAAUAUGAACAACACUACCGGAGAGUGUGGAAACAUUUCUAGUAGUUGCGAGGUGUGGGAACUUCCGUACGGCGUUACCGUGUUCGCGUUGCUCUGUCUUUCCGUCAACAUCGUCGUCAGCCUUCUCAUCAACGCUCUAUUGAUGCUGAUACUGCAACACUCCCCCAGUCUGAAAACGCCCCCCAACAGUCACCUCCUCAAUAUCUGCAUCAACAACAUCUUGCUCUGUAUCAGCAUGCUCCUCUCCAUGGUCGGCGUCAACGUCAACAGCGUCAGCGACGUCACCUACGAGAUGAGUCAGGCUCUCUCUGGCACGCAGCUGUUUAUUGUGUAUAAUUCCCUCCUUCAGUACUGGGGAACAUUUGCAUCCAUUGGCUACUACCGCCAAAAAACGAUCAAGGAGCCGUCUCUGACCUUGCGGACCCGGCGGCAGAUUGUCUCAAGGUCAAUCGUCGGGAACUGGAUUAUCUCCCUUUUAUUGAGCAUGACGUGCAGCUUGACCUACGCUGGAACAAGCAACAUCAUGGAGACAACCCUAGACCCAUUUCGUAAGGACUAUUACCUUUCAAAUACGUCAACUUUUGCCGUCGAACAAAUGGCAAUCAUUUUAUUCAUCCUCGGGGUGUUCCUAGUCGGCCUUGUGACUAUAUUUUCUUCCUAUUACAGUAUUUUCAAGACAUUAAAUGUCACUGGUACAUUUGCCAAAAAUCGCGUGACUCCAUGGCAACGCGCCCCUAGUCUUGCCUCGGACGUUGCGGAUCUGACAGUGCCUUGUGGGCGAUCUUACCAUCCUGCAGAUGCAGCAGCUGGUAGACCGUUUACCGUCUCCCAAAAAUCAAAUGAUACACUUGUGCAUUACCAGAAGUGUGACAAUACCCUUGCCUUUGAAGACAUCCUUGCCUUAGAAAACCCGAUCCGCGCCGUCAACCUGCAGAAACAGGACAAUCAGAAGCGGCAACUGCAGAUGACCUUGAGCAGUGGCAGUACAUCUUCUACAAGGUCACGUUGCCCGGAUUUCACGGACAUAUCACUAGGUGCGGAUCUCGAGCGUUUUCAGAUGUUAAAGAACAGCUCAGCCUUGAGAAACCAGUUUCUAAGACGGGACCGAGUCAGUUUAAGCAGCGCUAUCAGAAACAGUCUUGUUAUGUUCUGUGCCUAUCUCGUCUGCUCGCUUCCGCUUAUCUUCUGCAGUUUCCCGCGCGCUCUUGCCGCAGUCUCGCCUUCCAGCCGAGUCAUCGCCCUGCUUUGUUGUCGUCUGCUCUUCUACAUCAACGCACCAGUGUAUCCCACCUGGUAUCUGCUGUUCAGCAAACGGGUGCGUAAGUGUCUGCGGCGAAUGUUGGACUCAAUGCUUCUGCGACUGAACGUAAGGAGGUGAUGCGCAUCACUGAGAUGCUUCACCAGACAGAUGUGAUUUUGCCGAUGCCAAAGAAUUACUGUGAUGCAAUGCUGGGACAGAAAUAUGUCAUAUGUUUGUAGAUGUGUUACGGGGCUACUAUUCAUUUUGUAUGAUAUCUAGUGACUGGUGUUAAAAAUAUGUUGUUAUAUUACCUUGAAAACUGUGACUUGUGUGAGAUUAUAAGAUACUUCAUCUUCUGCUGCAAGGGACCGUUCAUAAUUAAUGGCUGGGGUGUG